UUGCCCAAACAUUCACUUUUUUAUUAUUGUGUGCGAUUUUGAUGUCAAAACUUCUCCUGAAAGUUUAAACCAACUUCAACUCUUUGCCCUUCAAAAACUCACGUCACAAGUAGAGUUUGUUUACCCUUCAUGCAUCCUGUUUGGAGUGCAAACUUGCUCCUGAAAGUGAAAAUCAUUUUUACACUCAAGCCGUCUUAUGGUUCAAAUAUAACAGGCAUGCAUAAUUUUCAUGUAUUAUCAGGUAAAAAGGGUUUAAUUACUGGGAGCUUGUUCUGACUGCCUGGAUAAUUUGAUUAAGAACUACUUGAGGCCCACUGUGAAGAUGAAUAGAUAUACAAUUGUGCUGGGAAAAAUAUGGAAAUAGAUUGCUUUGAAUUGAUAUUUUAAUUUAAAAUGUUAAUUCAGCCAAGUGCGUUGAAUUGCAGCCCUGUGAACAUUUAGCGUUGGGGGGCUCUCUUCCCACACCCUCGACCUUCUUUAUCAGAACUUGGCUCAGACCCAUGAGUUUGGCCUUUCUGUUGCUGGUUCAUGCCCCACUUCUGCUUCCAGAGCUAUCUUGGUGCCAACUUGUAACCGUACCCAUGCUCUAUAAAUGACUUUGCAUCUUAAAGCCUGACUGAGAUCAGAUGUUGCUUUGGACAUGUGGAGUAGAGUCUGUGCACAGCUCAAAGCUUAAAGGUCACAGCUUUAGAUUAUCUGUCCUGUAUGCUGUGCAUUGUGUCACUUCAAGUCAUUUAAUGGGAUUUUACAGCAGCUCAUCUUUUAAGAGAUUCCAAACUGUAUGCCAGCGUGGUGCAGGAUGGAGAGCAUUACAUGACCCCUAGAGACUUUGUGCAGAAUUAUUUGGGUCUGCACACACAGCCUCAGCACAACCCCAAAACCGUGGAGCUCGUAGCCGGAGUGGCUGACACAACUAAAGAUGGAUUGAUCUCUUUCCAAGAGUUUUUGGCCUUUGAAUCAGUUCUGUGUGCUCCUGAUGCCCUCUUCAUCGUGGCCUUUCAGUUGUUUGAUAAAACGGGCACAGGAAACAUCUCAUUCGAAAAUGUUCGUGACAUCUUCAGCCAAACUACAGCUCAUCACCACAUCCCCUUCAACUGGAACUGCGAGUUCAUCAGGCUGCACUUCGGCCACGAAAGAAACAAGAACCUCAGCUAUGCAGAGUUCACUCAGUUUCUGCAGGAGCUGCAGUUGGAGCAUGCUCGCCAGGCGUUUGCACUUAAAGACGUGAACAAAACUGGCACCAUCACUGCCUUGGACUUCAGCGACAUCAUGGCCACCAUCAGGCACCACAUGCUGACACCCUUUGUAGAAGAAAAUCUGGUUUCAGCUGCAGGAGGCGGCACCUCCCACAUGGUGAGCUUCUCCUACUUUAAUGCCUUCAAUGCUCUCCUCAACAACAUGGAGCUGAUACGGAAGAUCUACAGCACCCUCACUGGCACGCACAAAGACACACUGGUUACCAAAGAGGAGUUUGUUCACGUCGCAAAUAAGUUUGGUCAGAUCACUCCGAUGGAGAUAGACAUCCUGUUCCAGCUCGUCGGGCUCCACUCUCACUCCGGGCGUCUGAAUCACACAGACAUCGAAAGAGUCGCCCCGCUGGAAGAAGGAGCCAUGCCGUACCACCUAGCAGAAACCCAGAGACCGCACGCUCACGAAACGUCCCGGUCAGUCUGGCUCCAGGCUGCAGAAUCUGCCUACAGGUUCACUCUGGGCUCAAUCGCUGGAGCCACCGGUGCCACGGCUGUGUACCCCAUCGACCUGGUGAAGACUCGGAUGCAGAACCAGCGCUCCACAGGCUCCUUCGUGGGAGAGCUGAUGUACAAAAACAGCUUCGACUGCGCAAAGAAAGUCCUCCGUUACGAGGGAUUCUUCGGAUUUUACAGAGGUCUCCUCCCGCAGCUCAUUGGCGUCGCCCCGGAGAAGGCUAUCAAACUCACGGUGAAUGAUUUCGUCAGAGACAAGUUCACCACGCAGGAUGAUACCAUCCCUCUCCUUGCAGAGAUUCUCGCUGGUGGAUGUGCUGGAGCAUCUCAGGUGAUUUUCACCAAUCCUCUGGAGAUUGUUAAGAUCCGACUGCAGGUGGCUGGGGAGAUCACCACGGGCCCCAGGGUCAGUGCCCUGAGCGUAGUCCGGGACCUUGGCUUCCUCGGCCUCUACAAGGGGGCCAAAGCUUGCUUCCUGCGUGACAUCCCCUUCUCGGCCAUCUACUUUCCUGUCUACGCUCACACUAAAAAACUGCUGACGGAUGAGGAUGGAAGGCUUGGGCCUCUGCAGCUGCUCACAGCUGGAGCAAUUGCAGGUAUACCGGCGGCGUCGCUGGUGACCCCUGCCGAUGUCAUCAAAACCAGGCUCCAGGUGGCGGCUCGAGCGGGCCAGACAACAUACAGUGGAGUCAUCGACUGUUUCAGGAAGAUUCUCAGAGAAGAAGGCUUCAGGGCGUUGUGGAAGGGCGCAGGAGCUCGUGUCUUCAGAUCAUCACCGCAGUUUGGCGUUACCCUGGUGACCUACGAACUGUUGCAGAGAUUCUUCUACGUUGACUUUGGAGGACAUCGACCUGCUGGCUCUGAGCCCCUUCCCAAACCCACGAUGAAGGACUACCCCUCUGUGACCGCAGAGCAUGUGGGCGGUUACCGUCUGGCCGCUGCAACCUUCGCUGGCGUGGAGAGGAAGUUUGGUUUGCACCUACCCAAGUUCAAGUCUCCUGGAGAGUCUAAAACAGAACCUCAGGCCUCUUAAACAAGUUGUGGCAGCAAGGGCUGCAUGUUCCUCCGCUCCACAUUUCAACUCAAUGUAUCCGACUUGAUUGUUCUACCUUAAAUGCUGCAUGAUUAAGGCUUUGACUGUUUUUUUUUGUUUUUUUUUGCAUUGCUUGCACAUUUUUGCACUGUACAUAUUGUACUUCGCAACAGAGGGACACUAUGGCUCAGCAAAUGAUUGUUACAGCUUUUUUUUGUUGUCGUUUCCCCUUUUUGGUGUGACAGAUUUAAAAAAACACAAAGAUGUACAGAUAUUUUCAAAAUAUUUAUUUUGAAAUCAUAACCAGAAAUUUGGGAAAUAAUUCAAGUGUAUUUAUUGUAUUUUGUUGAAAUAAAUCAUUCAAAGUGUU